AUGGGAAUUUGUGAGUUUGACCCGAUCCCAUGGCUGGAAAAUGUUUCCAACCUUACUUCUUUCGAUCAAUCCCUGAGCGACUAUGUUCAGGGAUCCUAUGUUACUUUCAAAUAUCUCGACCUAUUGGGCUGCGAAGGCCUGGAUCACAGCGCACUGAACGACUACUACGCCCAAUAUACCACCAGCGUCAUCUGCAGUAGUCUCAUCCAGAGCUCCAAAGAUGAAUGCGGUCUAUCCGACAAACAAUCCGAACCCCUGUGUGCCGAAACCUGCGCGCUCAUGGCCACCAGCGAACAAGAAAUCAUGGUCAAUAAAAAUCUCUGCUCUAACACCCACGAGGAUUAUAUGAAGCAGAUUCGCGCCGACUUUACCGUGUGCUCAUCACCCUCCGAUUCCCUGAGCGGAAGCUGUAUCGAAGGAUCAGACAACGAACCGCACAACUGCGGAUUUUCAUCCAACACAAUCGGCCUAUGCACCUACUGCGCAUCCAGCUCCCCGAACUCGACCGACACCUGUUGUAUCAGCGCCAAUGCGACCAGCCGCUGCGAGGGAGUCUCCGUCCCAGCCGCGACUGUCACUCUGCAGCCAAUUACAACCACCGGUGCGGCUGCUGAUUCCGACGACUCGAACAAGGGUCUCUCAGGAGGUGCGAUUGCCGGAAUUGUCAUCGGCUCUGUUGCUGCAGCUGCCAUCUUGGCGGCGCUGGCUGCUUUGCUCUGCAUCUGUACCCGUCGUCGUAAACAGUCACAGACAGAUGUCGCACUGAACCAACCGAACCCACAGAGGAAAGGCGCUUCACCACCUAUGCAACAGUCUGGUACCCCAACCAACGUCAACAUGGUCCCUGGGGGCCGGGUUGCGCGAAUGUCAGCCUUGCGUGAAAUCCCUAGCUCUUCUCCCGCCUACUCGCGAACAUCGAACGCGAUGUUUGGUGGUGGUGCCAAGGGUCCUUAUAGUGAUUCAUCGGACUCGGAGAUGAUGGGUGCCAGUCCCGGUUCUACAGCAAGGAGAAUUCCCCCGGUAACUGGAAAGCGCCACGGCUCUCUUUCAAGCAGCUCUGCUCUGGCUGGACUGGACAGUGAUAGCUCGCCUCGCUCCGGCACGAUCACCAACCAAUACUCUUCCCCGGAGGGAGUCACCAGUGGUCAGUCAGAGCAAUUGUCGUAUUUCCGCGACUACUACUCCCAAGAUGAUAUCCGUCCUGGUGACAAGGUGGCUGCCCUAUGGGCAUACUCUCCCCGGGCGGGUGACGAGUUUGAAUUGGACCGUGGUGAAAUGCUGAAGGUGAUUGGUAUUUGGGACGAUGGCUGGGCCACUGGAGUCCGAAUCCCCGAGCGGGCAGAAGACUACGAUAUUCAUCGCGAGGCGCGUGACAGCGGCGUCUCCAGCGGCUCGCACAGGCGUGGCCCGUCACCCACACCAUCAGGCGAGAUCAAGGCAUUCCCGCUGGUUUGCAUCUGUCUCCCGCAACACUGGCGGAAGAUCAUUGAUGGCGGAGUGCAGGAGGAUGAAGAUGAGGUUUGA